CCCCCCGCCCCGCACGCACACACACAUCCCACGUUCGGCAUGUAACAGCUGUUUUAUCUCCCGCUGUAAUUACGACACAUAAAAAUAGUUACAAGGGAGGCUGCGGGGGAGCGCCGGGACCCGCCGCCAAGGCCGCCCGUGCCCGGGGAGAGCUCUCCACCUCGCCAAGAAAGCUGUGAGCGAGCUGCGGGCGAGUGUCACGUUUCCCAUCCCGGAGGAAAAGAAACUGUUGCUGCUGCAGAGCGUGCUCGCCCGACAGGGAUGAGUCAAGCUUUUAAUGAUCAAACGUCUGCCUGGAAGAAAGGCGAGGGAGCGGGAGGCACGGAGAGCUCCCCCCGCCGCUGCUGCUGUGUGUGCAUGAGCGAGCGGGUACAAGCGGACACCCCCCCGUUCCGGCCGGUCCCUCCCCUCCCGUCUGACAGAGCCUCAACACCCAGGAGGGGGAGGGAGGAGAGAGGAGGAGGAGGAGGCAGCCGCCGCGAGUGCCAGUGCAGCGCACGGUUACUCUCCCGUACUCACUGCGGGGAGGUGGGGGAGGGCGGGCGCUGUGUACCUUUCUCUCCCGUGCCUUUCCUCACUUUAACAGGCCGGGGCCAAUCGCCAGCAGAAGGGAACAAAGGGAAGGGGGGAGGGAAGCCCACCCCGGCCGCACCAGAAAGCCCCCGGGGGAGGCAGAGCCCAGCGGCUCCCGCUGACAGCAGCGCGGCCGCGGAUCGGGCGCCUGGCUCCGCUACGGUGUUUCUUCUUUCUCCAUCGACCUUCUUCUCCUCCUCCUCGCCGAGCUUAAAGGGGGAAAGCAGCGUCCGGCGAAGGGAGAGAAACUUGGGUCGGUGCGUGGGGUGUCCGGCGAUCGGCUCGGUCCUCGCGAUCAAGAUGAAAAGUAAAAAAGGUGUAGUUGCAAUAUCAGGCAGUGAAACGGAGGAUGAUGACACUAUGGAUGUCCCACUGGAUCUUUCCUCAUCUGCUGGCUCAGGCAAACGGCGGAGACGUGGCAACCUGCCCAAGGAAUCUGUGCAGAUUCUUCGGGACUGGCUCUACGAGCACCGAUACAAUGCUUAUCCUUCAGAGCAAGAAAAAGCGCUGUUAUCCCGACAAACACACCUUUCCACACUACAGGUCUGCAACUGGUUUAUCAAUGCACGCCGCAGGCUGUUACCUGACAUGCUGAGGAAGGAUGGCAAAGACCCAAAUCAGUUCACUAUCUCGCGGCGAGGGACCAAGCUUCCCGAGGGCGGCCUGGUGGAGUCUGCCAUCAGCACAAAGAACUACAUUCCCCUGCUGGAGGAGACCGCCUUCCUUCCCGCUGCCACACCGCUCGGCAAGACUGUGUCCUCUUCCAAGCCGGCUUCCCCGGGAUCGGUCCUGGCUCGGCCGUCGGUGAUUUGCCACACGACUGUGACUGCGUUGAAAGAUGCCCCUUUCCACUUUUGCCAGCCAGCUGAUGUAGGCCAGACCACGGACCUGCAGCAGCCCCCGGCUGGUGGCUUCACAGAUAACCCCCUCUCCUGCCAUGAGGACGCAUCCAAACUGGGACCUGGCGCAAACACACAAAGUGGGCUCUUUAACACUCCUCCUCCAACACCACCAGACCUUAACCAGGAUUUUAGUGGAUUUCAGCUUCUGGUGGAUGUGGCACUCAAAAGGGCGGCAGAGAUGGAGUUGCAGGCGAAACUUAUGGCCUAAAUCCCCUUCCUUCUCCUUCCCCGUUUUGUUUUACCAGGCAGGGAUCUAACAGCCGUGUGGUUAUUGCCACCCACACGAUAUCAAAAGACUUCACUGCAUUAUUAUUAUUUUUUUUAUUAAUCUUAUUUGCACAAGGGGAUUGCUGAAAUGAAGCUUCCUGUCACUGAGAUGGUCUUCAGUGGAAUACGGUCAUUCCAAGAAUUAUAAACUUAAAGCUACUGUAGAAAGAAAGGAUUGUGUGUUUUGUUGGGGUUUUUUUUAAUGUUUUCUUUGUAGAUUUUUCAUAAUGUGAGAUGUUUCCCAAGAUCAUGUGAUUUGUUUUGUUUCUUUUCAGACUGUGCAAUAUCUAGUAAUGAUAUAGAGUCUUCUUAUCAUUCCCAUGUGGAACGGAAUAUACCGACAUGCUGUCUAAAUUUUCAAUUUUUUUAACAAUACAAACUUUGGAUGAUCAUGCUUUUUUCCCAUAAUAUAAUAAAAUAUUUUCUUUAAAAGCGAUGCAUACAGAGUAUUUUGUUGAAUACAAGUUUUGCAGAACACAUGAAUUACCCUUGAAAUAAAUGGAAGUGAGAAAUAUUUUUGCACUCAUACUGACUUUCUUUGGUUUAGAGAGCCAUGCUAGCAGUUGUUGUUAACCUGAUGUUCAAAAGAAUGCUGAAAAUUGGGCCAGAAGUACAUGAUUAUGUUCUGCUAUAUUAAGAUUUUUUAAGGGGCCAAAGGGAGUUAUGUAGGCAAUUCUGACUAAAUUUCAGAGGAAAAACCUUGGGCCCCUCUAAAAGAGUUCCAGCUCUUGGCUCCUUGGAAUAUUUUAGGGCUGGAAAAUUUGAUGGCCCAUGGGGAAGAUCUGAAAAUAAAAGGAAGAGGCCAGAAGAGAGGCUAGGACAAGUGUUCUUUGUAGAUCUUUGUGAUGCAGCUUCUAGACAUGACUGGUGACAAAUUUUGAUAGGGGAGGGCAAGGGCAUCUAAUCUUACUUGAACUAGCAAUGACAAGGUUUUUACUCAGUAAUUCUAGUAGACUGAAAUAAAGUAGGCUGUAUUGCAUUGAAAUCUGAGUUCUGGGAGCCAGGUCUUUGUGAGGUACUUUAACAGGUGGUUGGCUAAGAUUUAGAAGAGAUCCCUGUUGUAUUGGGGUGUAUUUUUUGCCAACAGAAUCUAAGUUACCUUUCAGAAAAGGACUUUGCUAUCAAAAUGACUUAUUACUGAAAUACAUGAAGACUUGCAGCUCACAUUUCCACUUACUUGAAUGUCAGUCGCCCACCCUUAUCCUUCCAACAGCAGUGAAAUAAGAGACCUCCAGGGUAAAAAAUUGGUUCUGGCUAAUCUUUAAAAACAAACCAGUUGUCUGGAAGGUUGGGGGAGGGCUUUGAGGAGCAGGACACUUGGUGAAUUUAAGGAUAUGACUGAGUAGAAGGAAGAUUACAGUACUCUGCCCACUAUUCUGUUUUGCUAUGGCCUUUAUAAUUUUCUAAUGUCAGAAAUACUCUGACCUCUGGAGUACUCCUUGAAAUUCUUCUGAACUUGCGCCAUUCUUGAACCUUCAGGUUUAAAAUCAAAAUGGCAAACAGUAAACACUGCCUUAUU